ACGCCCACUGGCGGAUUCGGAACAUUAGCGCAUCAGCCCUGACACAUGGCCAGCAUGAGUGUUGACGAGCCCUCAGCCGUUCGAUGGGUCCCGUUGGAGUCCGACCCUGAGUUGUUCACGGCUUGGGCCCACAAGAUGGGCCUGCAGGAAGGCACUUUUCAAUACUACGAUGUGUUUGGUCUUGACGAUGCUUUACUCGACAUGGUUCCAAGCCCAGCUGAGGCGGUGUUGCUCCUCUUUCCGGUAUCUAAAGAGUACGAGGAAAAGAGGUUGGAAGAUGACAAAGACAUAGAUGAGGCAGCCACCGCCGAAGCGACAGGUGAUUCUCUGUGGUUCAAGCAGACCAUCGGCAAUGCCUGUGGCACGAUGGGCCUGUUGCACUCGCUCGCUAACAGCUCUGCGCGGGAAUGCAUUAAGGCUGACUCGCCGCUUGCCAAGCUGCUCGAGAAAGCUACAUCGCUUUCACCCCGAGACCGUGCAGCCUUGCUUGUUGAAUCUCAGGAGCUUCAUCAAGUUCAUAGCGACAUUUCAGCCCAGGGGCAGACGGAGGCACCUUCGGCUGAAGCAAAUGUGGAUCUACAUUUCGAUUGCUUUGUUCGAGACAAGAAGACCGGCGAGUUAAUCGAGCUCGAUGGACGGCGGAAGGGUCCCGUGCAUUGCGGAGUGCAAGUGCCUACGCAGGAAGCCUUGCUCAAGACUGCUGCCAAAUGGAUCCAGGAAUCUUACAUGAGCUUGAACCCAGAAGAGCUGAACUUCAAUCUCAUCGCUCUUGCGCCGGUGCAGUGAUCAUCUAGUCGUUCAUCACGCGCGGUUUCCGACGAGAGACCUUUCAUUGCUAGAGACAUUGCGUAGUAAUACAAAUAUGCAUGCAAUCUGGAUGUACUCGGGUUAAACAGCAG